CUUUUUAAUACUAAAGAAUGAGAGAAAAAACAACAAAACUGGAUAAAAAGAUCCUAGCUUUAGAAAUUUAGCAGCAAUAAAAAGUGUUGAAUUUGGAUUGUGGUGGGUGAAAUCAAUCCGAAUGCUGCAAAAAUGAUUGCAAAUGCAAAUCUCAUCUCCUGCAAUUUCUCAAAUCUUCUAUAUCCAAAUUCUCACAAUAAAACUAGAACAUUGUUAACCAUUUCUAUCUUCCCAAAACCAUCGAUUUUGCUCAAGCUUAAUUCUUCCAGAAAAGCCCCAGUUUGUGUAUAUGAAAAGAAAAAAAGUACCCCAAUUUGUUUUAGUUCAAAAUCUGAAGACCCAGUUUUGGAAAAAAAAAAUAGUGGUGAAAAUAAGGUUGUGGGUAAUGGAGGAAAUGAUAAUGGUGGAAAUUGGACUACUUCAAUCUUGUUGUUCUUCUUUUGGGCUGCGUUGAUGUAUUAUGUUUUCAAUCUUUGUCCUAACCAAACCCCUUCGAGAGACUUGUACUUUCUGAAGAAGCUCUCCAAUUUAGUGGGAGACGAUGGGUUCAGGAUGAAUCAAGUACUCGUGUCACUUUGGUACAUUAUGGGGUUGUGGCCAAUUGUUUACGCCAUGCUACUGCUUCCUUCUGGUAGAAGCUCCAAAAGUAGUAUCCCUGUCUGGCCAUUUGUCACUCUUUCAUUUUUUGGAGGCGCUUAUGCUCUUCUCCCCUAUUUCAUUGUUUGGAGACCUCCUCCACCCCCGGUUGAAGAAAGCGAACUAAGUAGGUGGCCUUUGAAUUUCUUGGAAUCAAAGUUUACAGCUGGGUUUUUGGGUGCUGCAGGGUUAGGCCUUAUAGUGUACGCAGGCUUGGCACUAGACGAUUGGAAGGAGUUUUAUCAGUAUUUCAGAGAAAGCAAGUUGGUCCAUGCAACUAGCCUUGAUUUCAGUCUUCUAUCUGCGUUUGCACCGUUUUGGGUUUACAAUGAUAUGACAGCAAGGAAAUGCUACGAUAAGACUGCAUGGCUUCUUCCCGUAUCGAUCAUUCCUUUCUUGGGUCCCGCUUUAUACCUUUUUCUUCGGCCACCACUAACAACGAUGCCCGUCUCGCUUGAAAGUACAUUGAAAUCUGAUUGAUUUUGCUUGUAAACUUCUGUUUGGGUUUCCAUCAUAUAAUCGAUGCACCAAAUGUUGUAAGGAUCAAACUGCAUAUAGAAGGCUGCAUUCUCAUCGUCUACCAAACAAGGGUGAGGUAUAUGAAUGAAUUUUUUUGUAGGGUGUAUAAGAUACUUCUACAAGUUUGUAUAAAGAUUUUGAGCCUUGAAGUUCAUAGUAGUGAUCCAACUAGGUUUUAUGUACUCUCAUUUCAAAUUUUGCAUUACCCGAUGUCUUUUAAGUGUCUUCCUCUUAGGCUUCUACCUAAGUAGGAGAUGAUGAGGCGGGAUAUAUGCAAGUUUAUUAUACUUGUAAUAACAAAGAUGUUAUUUCCGAUUAAUCCUUAGUAACAGAUGUGUUGUACACCUUUACUUACAUAUGAAUUGCAUAUGAUUUAAUAAAAGAUUUUACUUUAAUUAA